UAUUACUCUUUAAAAGUAAUUAUAAUUAUUAAACAAAUAUAUUUUAUGUAUUAUAUAAGAUAUAAAAUAAAUUAGUUGUUUUUCAAAAGUUUACUUUUUUACAUAUCGGGGAUUGGGGAUCUCCCCGAGAAAUUCUCUUUUCUCAAUUUUCUCUUAUCUUUCAUUGUAAGAAUACAUGCGCAGAAUGUCUAAAACCUGUAAUAUGAGAUAGAUAUAUACAUUUAAGUUGCAGAGAAAGAGAGGACAAACAAAAAAGUGCAAGAAAUUUAACUAUAGAGAACAAACCUAUCGAAUCGGUGUUUAUAUCUCCCAUGUGUCUAUAUAACCUUAUUCGUUUUCAUUCUAUUCUACUAGAAGUAUUUAGAGCAUAAGCUUAUUACUAAAAUUGAUAGAAUAAUAUAAAAGAAAUGAUAAAUAAAGACUCGGUAAAUGCUUAGUUGGAUGCGCCCGUUUUAAAUUUUAAUAAAAAUACAUUGUAAGAGAGAGACUUCAAACAUGAAAGCUAAUACACAAAAUACAAAAGGUUUUAAAACAUUAUGGAUUCGCUUCGACAUAGACAGUUCGGAUAAGCAUCAGCUGUUUUUUAAGGAACAUUCUGUAAGGAAUCAAGAACCUGAAUAUCCUAGGAACCAAACUCUUUUUGUAUUAAAUGUACCACCAUAUGCAACCAUUGACUGUUUGAAACAUGCAUUUACUAAGCUAUGUGGAGAUGUAAAUUUAAUUACAUUUUCGAAAGCAAAAGGAUUCAAAACUGCAUAUAUUGUUUUUAAAAAUGAAUCUUCCUUGGAUAAAGCGAUGGAACUGUCAGAAGAUUGUGUCAUCACAUUGAAUAAUGAUGAAAAUAUAUGCCUUACAGGAUUAAAAAAAUGGUGUAAAGAGUACAAUGAUUCUAUAUGUGAUGAAGAAAUAACAAAAAAAGAGAUUGAGGAAUAUUUAACUUUAUAUGACAAGCAGAUAGAGGAUCGUACUGCAAAAGAACAGAGUGCAGAAGAGGACGAUGAUGGUUGGGUAACUAUAGCAGGUGGAAAGAAAAGAGGGCAAUUUGCACCAUCUAGGAAAGAAUCUACCAUUGGCAAGGUGCAACAAAAGGAAGAACAACGCAAGAAAAAGAAGCAAUUACUUAAUUUCUAUACUUUUCAAAUUCGCGAAGCAAAAAAGCAGAAUUUAGCAGAAUUACGAAAGAAGUUUGAAUUGGAUAAGAAGAGACUGCAGGAAUUGAAAUUAAAACGGACAUUCAAGCCUUUUUAGGCUAAAAAUUAAAUGUAUAGUAGUUAAAUAUUCAUGUAUAAUUAAGUCCAAUAAAAUUGCAUCUUUUUAUGUACAAACAAUAAUUACUAAAUUAUCUGUGAAAUAAACACAUUGUCAUUA